GGCUUUAAGGUAGCUUUAAAUUCCUGGUGUCUCGGAAGCUUGACCCUUUCUGUUGGAGUCGAGUUCCGUGGGACGGAUGGCGGUGGACGUGAAGUCGCGAGCAAAGCGUUAUGAAAAACUGGACUUCCUCGGGGAGGGACAGUUUGCCACGGUUUACAAGGCCAGAGACAAGAACACCAACCAAAUUGUCGCCAUUAAGAAAAUUAAACUUGGACAUAGAUCAGAAGCUAAAGAUGGUAUAAAUAGAACAGCCUUAAGAGAGAUAAAAUUAUUACAGGAGCUAAGUCAUCCAAAUAUAAUUGGUCUCCUUGAUGCUUUUGGACAUAAAUCUAAUAUUAGCCUUGUCUUUGAUUUUAUGGAAACUGAUCUAGAGGUUAUAAUAAAGGAUAAUAGUCUUGUGCUGACACCAUCACACAUCAAAGCCUACAUGCUGAUGACUCUUCAAGGGUUAGAAUAUUUACAUCAACAUUGGAUUCUACAUAGGGAUCUAAAACCAAACAACUUGUUGCUAGAUGAAAAUGGAGUUCUAAAACUGGCAGAUUUUGGCCUGGCCAAAUCAUUUGGGAGCCCCAAUAGAGCUUAUACACAUCAGGUUGUAACCAGGUGGUAUCGGGCCCCUGAGUUACUCUUUGGAGCUAGAAUGUAUGGUGUAGGUGUGGACAUGUGGGCUGUUGGCUGUAUAUUAGCAGAGCUGCUUCUAAGGGUUCCUUUUUUGCCAGGAGAUUCAGACCUUGAUCAACUAACAAGAAUAUUUGAAACUUUGGGCACACCAACUGAGGAACAGUGGCCUGACAUGUGUAGUCUUCCAGAUUUCGUGACAUUUAAGAGUUUUCCUGGAAUCCCGUUACAACACAUCUUCAUUGCAGCAGGAGACGACUUGCUAGAUCUCAUACAAGGCUUAUUCUUAUUUAACCCAUGUACUCGAAUUACAGCAACACAGGCAUUGAAAACUAAAUAUUUCAGUAAUCGGCCAGGGCCAACACCUGGAUGUCAGCUGCCAAGACCAAACUGUCCAUUGGAAACUCUAAAGGAGCAGUCAAAUCCAGCUGUAGCAACAAAACGGAAGAGAACACAGGCCUUGGAACAAGAAGUGAAGCUUUAAACUUGUACAGGAAGAACAUGGAUGGGAGAAGUGGGAAGAGCAUGCAGGGAAUUUAAGGAGAUGAAGAUCAAAACUGGAGGAUGGUACCUCAGCUGGGAAAAGGGCAUAAAAGGCAAGUAUAGAGUGCUAAAGAAUUAAAUUAAAAAAAAAAGUUAAUAGGAAGCAGAAAGAUUAACUUAACCACAACCUCUAACAAAAGGAAAGCAAAGAUACUAACCAACUCUGUUAGCAUCUUAAAGACCUCCUGAGGGUUAUUCUGGUCAUCGGUCUUCUUAGAACUGUUUUCUGAAGGGAGCAUCCCCAGCAGUUUCUGCCCUAAGGUCUUCUUACUUCCUUGUGAUGGUAACCCUAAAAUUGAACAUGCAAAUCCAACUGAGACAUAAAAACACACUCACUAAUGUAGUUCCAGGAAUAGAGGUAAGUAUGAACCAGGGAUAAUUCAUUUGUAAAUCAGCCAGGAGGUGGUUCUCUUCAGGAGACCUCUAGUGAGUCAGGCAUCACAGCGUGUACUGGGAGAACACAGACUUUAGAGCCAGGAUGGCAAACAGAGGUUGAGAGGGCCACAGUGUAAGACCCAGUGCAAUGCCCUGCCUGCCGCUCUGUCUCAUCGUACAGCUGCUCCUGGGGACAGCAUGCAGCCCACAUUAUCAGCAGCUUUCCAGAGGAGGCAGCAGUCCAGUUUUGUAUGUGAAAUCUCCCAAUGUUGAAUGUCAGCCACUUACGCACCCCUGUUAUUUGAGAACACUGUGCACACCCAACAAAACCUGGCUCUGAACCAUGCAAAUUCUGUUUUAGAGCAGAAAGACCUGGACUUGAAUCCUUAUUUAACCACUUACUAAAUGACCUUGGACAAGGUCUCUGAGCUUUGUCUCCUCACCUCUAGAAUAAGAAUAAUAGUACCUAUGCCUCAGGAUUGAGGUGCCAUUAAAUAAUAGAGCAGGGGGGAUGCUGGGAGAAGGGAGUGGGCAGUUAGUGUUUAAUGGGUAAAGUUUC